CGGAGCAUGCUGGGAAUUGUAGUUUCACAACAGCUGGAGUGCAGAAGGUUGCUGACCCCUGCUCAGACAAGGAGCAAUAGACAGACCUCGGGGAGUUGCCAUUCAUGCAAUUUUCCCCAUAUGCACUCAAGACAUUUUAGUGAAAGUCAAAAGAGGAAGCCCCCGGGGUGAAAUGAUCGACCCGCUUCUGCAAAUCUGUGACAUUCUGUGCACGGUGUGAAGAUCUGCACAUAUAGCCAUAUAGCGGUGGUCCUGGCAGAAGGGGCUCAGCUCUACUGAAUCUAUUCUGGUGCAGAACAGCAGAGAGGGGUUGGCAGAGCAGUCACUGAUAGGAAGGCUGCGGCUGUGCUCCAGGAAAGGAGGAGUCAGAGGAGCAGGAAGAGAACGCAGAAGCUCAGGCCCUGGAGUCUGCUGAAGCCUGCACCUUCCCGGGGUCUGAACAGGAAGACAUCCAGGAUGUGGCCUCUUCUGCUGGCACUUACCUCCCUGAUGCCCGUCACCUACUGCAACUCUACUGCCAUGAGGGACCUCCCUGCACCAGCUAACGUCCACAUUGAUUCCUACAACAUGAAGCACAUACUGAGAUGGGAUCCGGUGGAGGUUUCGGAGGAGCGGCUCCCUGUAACGUACAGGGUAGAGUGUGUUCUGAGCAAUCGCAAUAUUUCAAUGUGUGAGAACAUCAAUGAGACACAAUGUGAUCUCACAGACAAAAUACAACCUUUCUGGAGAGGCGCUUAUAGAGUGCGGGCGGAGGUGAGAGAGCGGACGUCUGCCUGGACCAAAACGGGUCAUUUUCAAGCAAAUAUAGACACAAAAAUUGGUCCUGUAAAGUCCCUCGUCGUGGAGUCCCAUGAAAACACAGUGAAAGUAGAUUUUUCACCCCCGUUUUCACCAAUUCUAAAAAAUGUUAGAUACACGGCGUAUUACUGGAAGGAGGGCGCUGAGGAGAAGACGGAGGCUCCUUUAAGGGCGCCCACGCACUUCGUCCUGGAGGACCUGGAAGAACUGACUGUGUACUGUGUGCAGGUCAAAGCCUCCACUGAUUUUAUAGAAGGUCAAGCGAGUGAUCCCAAAUGUGUGAAGACAAUGAGUCGAGAUUACAGUGAAAAGCAGUUGGCCGUGGCUGUCGUCUGUGUUAUCUCUGUCUGCGGGAUCGGUUUGGCCGCUGGAUUCGUAGUGUAUAGAAAUCGCGCUGUUCUGAAGCGUUUGCUGUACCCCCCUUUCAGGAUGCCGAAUCACAUUCAGGAGUUCUUGGAGAAUGUUUCUGAGCUAUCCCACGAGGAAUCGAUUCACCCAAGUGAUAAAGAAGAACAUUACAAUGAUAUUUCACUUUUAGAAUUAUCAUUCUACCUGGAGGAUGACCAGCUGUGUUCUGACCCAGACCUGGGGUCUACUGAGAAAACCUGAAGAAGUUCUGACCAAGCAACUGACGCUACUCAUGCUGAUCUGUACAGUUAUGAAGCUUGUGCAGAUGCCCCUCACGUUCGGUACGCACAACCUCUGGGACUCCUGCCAUGUAAGGUCUUGUGCCAAGGAGUGUGUAUAGUAAUAACAUGACUUUAGGAAUAACUCCUCAUGGUUAUGGGUAUCCAGAUGGAAGGUGUGGGACUCUUUAUUUUUGUAAUAACUCAGGUUACAGUCUGUAGUCCCUGUGAUUCGCAGGCUUUUGUUAUGUUUGUCGAUUGAUCCAUCACUCUUCAGUGGUUUUGGUUGGAGACUUUUGGAGAUUCCUACACCUUGCAUAAAAUGUAGGCUUACAGCUAGCCACGGCUGUCACUGAAGGACAAGACUCUUGGGUGAGAGUAUGGAGGUACGGUAUGAGGAGAUGUUCAAUGUUUGGGGUGCCAUUUCGUGGAGUCUUGAGUUGCUGAGGUCCAACAGCUGGAAGGAGAAAAGCUUUGCUGAGACAUCAAGUGAUAAUGAACAGUAAGAUUGUCUGCCUACUCCUGCUUGAAGAUGGAACUAUUAGGGAAGAGUGUGUAGACAUGAGGCAGACAGAAAAGUCUACGAAAGACUUCUUGGAGCAGCUGGCGUCCUGAUAGACCUCAACUUUACAAAAUGGACUUGGACAAAAUUUAAGGAGUGAUUCAUGAUUAACACUAGGCAGCAGACAUCAAUUGAAAAUGAGCAUCAGUAUAGAGUCUCUUCUAGAAGGUACCUUCUUCAUGAGUGUAGAUUCAAGAGUUUAAGACAGGUACAGGAAUAGUCCAAGGAUGUGAUUUAACGCAGGAGAAAUCUUGUCUGUUUUGUUGCCGGCUACUUCUCCCCCAUGCACACAUGUGCUUGGCAUGAACUAAGGGUGAGUAAGCUAUUGUUGGACACCUUUGGUGCUGGCUUGUCUCUCAGGAACAAAGGGUUCGGCAUGUUGAAGUCCAACAUCAUCUGACAGGAGAAAGUCGGGACACCACCAGGCACAUUAGACUGUUGGCUGGUUGGGUUUAGCCAACAUUCAUCUAAUGUGUGAGGCAAACUUUAGUGUUAACCUACACUUGGGGAAAGUGUGGGGAUGGUAGAACAGAUGGCAUUAUUUUUAAUUACCUCCUGAUCUGCUGUCUUGGAGGUACCUGUUCCCUAAUUGGAUGCUUCAACAUUGGGAGAAAGUAUACAGCGUAAGCAAGUGAGCAGAUGGUGGGUUAUGUAGGUGUUUACCAGGGGAAGCCAUCAUGGUGGAGCCUCUCUCUUCACUGAACCUACCUCCACUAUGUAUAAUAAACCUCAAUGUGGAGUGAGCUUGGUUAUAAACUCCAUAUUCAGGUUAUUGAACUCCACAAGUUUUAUACUAACCUGUUAGUUUACAGACUUCGUCGAACUGGAGAAACUUGUGUUUUUGGCCUACAACUCUUCAGAAUCAUUUGAGCAGUGUUAUCUAUCUAUCCUGCAAGCUGAUAUAUGUUCACGUGGUGUAGGAGAGCAUUAUUCAGUAUUAUAAGAGGCCACACCACUGGUUAAGGACUUUAUUACAAGUGCACAUCACCUCUAAUGACUCUGAGGCCCCUUUCACACGGGCGAGAUUUCCGCGCGGGUGCAAUGCGUGAGGUGAACGCAUUGCACCCGCACUGAAUCCGGACCCAUUCAUUUCUAUGGAGUUGUGCACAUGAGCGGUGGUU